GGAAAUGAGAAAAACGAAGGAAGUAGCUCCAUUGCGGAGACAUAACGCAUUUCAACGAUAGAAGGAAAGAAGUGGAGCGAAAAACAGCAUAGGUCAUCACGUCUGCGCCGGCUUGUUACUCUCCCGGCUGCGGCACUCUUCUGUCGCAUGCGAGGACGCGUCCUCCAGGGAGAGAGAAGGAGGACGAGAGUCAGCAUACCAAAACGCUGCUGGCUCAAGCGGUUUUUUCGUUGGUUAAAACGAUUUUCGAAUUCUGUGGGUGUUAAAUAGAUCGUAGCGACGGCAGCAACGUCGCUUCGUGGGGUACUUCUGUGGUCCAGUGCGCCCCUUCACUGCAGCCGUCGAAUUUGUUGUAGCUACAGCUCUCGUUCCUUCAACCUUUUUUCGUCAUUCUGUCGCGUCUGUUAUCAGCGAACUCUCCCUACCGAGAAUGCAGCCACUCCAGGCAGUUGCUGCCUCGUCGAGGCUGACGAAGAUUCCAUUCUUCGGUCUCUCUGCGCCGAGAUUGGGUGGGAACCACAUUUACCUCGGCCGUUUCCACGACUUCAACAACUGGGAGUACUUGCCGCACCCUAAACUACAGAAGAGUGGCGCGAUCAAGCCGAUUGGUUCUCAACAGUUCAACCCCGCGGGAAAGGUGCUUCGCGGAUCCGGUCUCCAUGGACCAGAGAACGGCGAGUUUUUCCGGCUAAUGCUCUGGAACAGACUCCGCCAGAAGGGCAUGCGUCGAGAGGUGCCGACUAUCGAGCAGUUGCGGGAGUACAAUCGCAUGGACGUGUCUCUGGUCUACUUCUGUUGGGGACUUAUCUUGUUCCUCUACCCCAUGGCAAUGUACGCCCGAUCGUAUGCUACGGAACAUGGACACUUCCCGUUUGCGCCGGCAAGGACAGACGGGUCCAGAGGUCAUGGGCCUCUCUGGUGGUUUAUUGAGUAAACGUGGGUUCCGUAUCAGCUGGCGGAAAGGAAGGAAUGGGGACCUAAACUCGUUUCGGUCACCCGCCAGGUGUACAGAAUGCCGACCUCGAGACGCACUGGUCGCUAUUUUCGAGGACGACCAAACCGAUAUGACUACAUUAAACUGUCGUAGACCUCCCGUUAAGGGGGUCCAUCUACAGCGCAAAGAAGACUCACACGCAAUAUGCCAGCAGAGCGGUGUAGGAAAGUUGGGCCGUGUCAGACGGACGCAUUUCACGUAUCUCUCGAUGCUCUUGCGGUCCGCUACUGAUGUGGUUUUUUCAGCAGCGCUCAUGAGAGGGGUUCAACAGUGGCGAAGCGUUCAUUACGUAUUGGACGCCGGGGAGCAAGGAUAGCUUUAUUCAAACGCUGGUGGCACCUGUGAAAUGCACACGCGUGGGCGUCACUGUCCCCAAUUUCGGGUCUUUCACUGGAAUCCGUGUCUCUUCUGUUACACGCUAACAAACGAUUCCACUGUUCCCCAGUGGCGGGUGGGCACCCACGGGUGGGAGAGCAUCUUUUCGUCCCCGUGACUGAACCUGGCUGUGAAAUCAUUAUUUCUCAGAGACGAGUGGAUGUGCAUAGAUGUGGAUGCCCGGUUUGAAGCACCAACCUCUGUUUUUUCCAAACACAGAACCGCUGUCUGGGAGUCGCAUGCACUAGGAGAACAACACUGAUAAAUAGUCUAAAAAUUUGCGCUCCACGCACGGUAAGAGCGCAUACGCGUUUUGCUUAUGUGCACAAGCUUGUGAUUUCGUGAAAACCCAGAGCCCUUCCGCACCAAGUCGAAUGGACAACAGAUAGAAGACAGACAUGCAGAGAAAAAACUGUUCUAGUGCACACUUUUUGGCUCUGUGCAGGCCAUGUAGGAUCGAACAUCUGCCUCACGUAAAGCAGCUGCAUCUUGCUGCCACACGGUUGGUCAAACUGCAUCUGCUUGAGACUCGGAGGCUAUGCAUGGGUACUGUCCACGUUUGACCGAGUCAUAGGCAUGUUUCCCUUCGACCGAAACUUGUAGCUCUUCGCCAGAUCGUCGUCCUGGAGCCGCAAAUGUCGAGGACGACUUCUCACAGUAGUUAUAAGGGGACAGAAACACGACGUGGAACAUUAUUCUUCAGGAUUUCAGGGGUGUGAUACUGCCUUCGGUGAACGAUAUUUUCCUUUCUUUGAAUGGCCAGUCUCAUAUGCUUGCCAUACGGGUCCGGGGUAGACCACCUCGAGAAGUUCUG